CUUAAACGUUUGAAAUACUAAAGUAUUUUGAGUUCAAAACUUGUUUAACUUUUUCAGUGAACUGAGCUUUUCGCUGUUAACUUUUAAUUGUUUAAAAUCAUGGAAUGAAUUCUUGAUUUAUACUUAACAAAGUUAUGCUUCUUUCUUAAUAUUUGUCUUAAAAUUCAUCAAGAACUUUAUAUAUUUUGGUACUAUUCUUCAAGGAAGUUAAAUCAAAGGGCAAAUUAGAACGAUGAUUCUUUCAUUCUUGGCGGUAGGUCUAGUAUCUUUGAAUAUCAUCGGUCAAAUAGCAGGUCAAGAAUGUCCAGCAAUAUUUGAAAGAUAUUGUGCCCAUCAUUCGGCCUGUUUGUCGCCCAACAGUAAUUGUGAGAUCUUGGCUUAUUACCCAACUAUUAGUGAAAUUUCGGAUAUCGUCAAUUUACACAAUAAUAGAAGAAAUGAUGUAGCAUCUGGACAUACAAAUCUGCCUCCAGCAAAAAAUAUGCUUCAGAUGGAAUGGGAUUACGAAUUAGCUGCAGUAGCCCAAAGUUAUGCCAAUCAAUGUAUUUAUGCACAUGACAAAGCAAACUGUCGCAGAGUCAGAAAUUUCGGCGUUGGGCAAAACAUUGCCAUUCAGAAAGAUACAGGUGGACAUACGGUGCCAGACCCAGAUUGGAAUUUUGCAGUAAACGAAUGGUUUGCGGAAAUACGUUAUUUCUCUUCCCAGAUGAUUUGCCCUUUUGAACCUCCUACUCAAGGAAGUCAAGAGUACAGACAUUUCUCACAGCUUGCCUGGGCAAACUCAUUUCGAGUAGGCUGUGGUUAUGUUUUGUACAAAGAAGGGAAUGUUUUCCAAAAUGAAACAUAUACAAGAUUGUAUGUUUGCAAUUAUGGGCCAACAGGAAAUGUGUACGGCGAAUGUGUUUAUGAAGCAGGAAAUCCUUGCGGUAACUGUCCUUAUAAUACUUGCUGUGGUUCAUCAUGUUCUUACUUUAAUAGUUUAUGUCGCAGGACAAAUGAAAAUCCUCCCGAGUAUCCUCCACCACAACCUAAUUUAUUUUAUUGUGCCUUUCAAAACAAUGAUGAUUGUGAAAACUAUAUCGAUGGCAAUCCCAACUGGAUCAUAGAACCUACUCUUGGAGGUAACUACUUAGGCAUCGUAUUAGAUGCCGGAGAUAACAGUACAAUUGUGUUUAAAAAGAACAUAAAACCAUCACAAGAAAACUUUUGUGUUAUCCUCACGUAUCGUAAAGGCCCCAACAAGUACUCGGACCCAAUGGCAAAUGAGGCCCAGGAAGUCUUGUACAUUCCUGAACGAAAUUACAUGGUCAAUCAGGCACUACCAGGUUAUGACAACCCAUCUAGACAACAAUUCAGUACAUACAAUUUGACUCUGAGCUGGGAUUUAGAAACUCAGUUCAAGAUUUCUUUUGCCGUUCCUGCAGGAGCAACCCCUCAGUUCCUGAAUGUGAAGUCCAUUUUAGCUGUUGAUGGAGCAUGCGAAAAUAAGAGUUAGUAAAGGUUUAAAUAAUGUCUUGUUAUUGAUAUAAUAUGUUGCUCUGAAAUCGUAAUAAAAUUGAAUUAAAUCGCA